UUACUCUCUUGUUAAGGUCUAAGAACCGCCUGUGUGUUUAUUCCAAGCAAGGAUUUUCUUCAGCUUGGCAGAGGAAACAGAAAGCUGACCCCGUCAUUUACACACUUCAGAAUCACAAGUAUCCCACAACCUCAAACUGCAGCAUCGGAGGUGUGCGCGGAGGAGCUGGAGCGCAGGCGCGACAAUAUGAGCUGAACCCUUUCCCUCCUUGCCUGACAUCUACAGCACCUGACGUCCCCGCAUCCCUGCCGGUGUCUGCUGGGACCCUGCGCAAGGCCACACGCACUGGCUGUGCUUCCGCCCGCUGGCGCCGCCUCGGGGCUGCUCCGUGACGUCAGGGCUGAGCGAGGGGCGCCCCCGCCCGCCGCUCGCCCCCGGGUACUGCACCCCGCCUGCCCUUCAUAAGAGCCAGGCCUGCGCCCACCGCGCCACAGCUGCUCUGCGGAGCCCGCACCCGCCGAACUCCUCCUACACUCAGCUGGCGAGCGGCACCAUGCAGCCGGCUAUGCUCCUCAGCCUCCUGGGCGCAGCGGCUCUGGCCGCUGUCAGCUCAGCUCCGGUGGAUAACAGGGAUCACAAUGAAGAAAUGGUGACUCGCUGCAUUAUCGAAGUCCUCUCAAAUGCCCUAUCCAAGUCCAGUGUUCCAACGAUCACCCCUGAGUGCCGGCAAGUCCUGAAGAAGAGUGGAAAAGAGGUCAAAGGUGAAGAGAAAGGUGAAAACGAGAACUCGAAGUUUGAAGUACGGUUGCUAAGAGACCCAGCCGAUGCCUCAGAAACCCGCUGGACCUCCAGUAGGGAGGGUGCAGGAGCUCCAAUAGAAGAUUCUCAAGGCCAGACGAAGGUAGGCGAUGAGAAGUGGACAGAAGGAGGAGGACACAGCCGAGAGGGAGUGGAUGAUCAAGAGAGCCUCCGUUCCUCCAACCAACAAGCGUCCAAAGAAUCAAAGAUAUACCAUUCGGAAGAGAGGGUGGGAAAAGAGAGGGAGAAAGAAGAAGGCAAGAUUUACCCAAUGGGGGAGCACAGGGAAGAUCCUGGUGAAGAGAAGAAACACAUUGAAGAUUCUGGAGAGAAGCCGAACACCUUCUCCAACAAAAGAAGCGAGGCUUCGGCUAAGAUGAAAGAGGAGUCAGUGGCCAGAGCAGAUGCACACUCUAUGGAGCUGGAGGAGAAGACACACAGUAGGGAGCAAAGCAGCCAGGAGAGUGGAGAGGAGACAAGGAGGCAGGAGAAACCCCAGGAGCUUACCGACCAGGACCAGAGCCAGAGCCAGGAAGAAUCGGAGGAAGGCGAGGAAGACUCAGCCUCUGAAGUAACCAAACGCAGGCCCAGACACCACCACGGGAGAAGCCGGUCCAACAAGUUCUCUUACGAAGGGCAUCCUCUAUCUGAGGAAAGGAGACCCUCUCCCAAGGAGUCCAAGGAGGCAGAUGUGGCCACAGCCCGUUUAGGGGAAAAAAGGAGUCACCAUCUAGCUCAUUACAGGGCUUCAGAAGAGGAACCUGAAUAUGGGGAAGAAUUGAGAAGCUAUCCGGGCUUCCAGGGCCUUCGGGGACUACAGUACCGGGGCAGAGGAAGCGAAGAGGACAGAGCCCCAAGGCCUCGGAGUGAGGAGAGUCAGGAAAGGGAGUACAAGAGAAACCACCCCGACUCUGAACUGGAAAGCACAGCAAACAGACACGGUGAAGAAAACGAGGAAGAGAGGAGCUACGAGGGGGCAAAUGAACGCCAACACAGAGGCAGGGGGCGGGAGCCAGGAGCCCAUUCUGCUCUUGACGCCAGAGAAGAGAAAAGGCUCUUGGAUGAAGGGCACUACCCUGUUCACGAAAGCCCAAUAGAUACGGCAAAAAGGUACCCACAAAGCAAAUGGCAAGAGCAGGAGAAAAACUACCUCAACUAUGGCGAGGAAGGGGACCAAGGGAGAUGGUGGCAGCAGGAAGAGCAGCUAGGACCGGAAGAAAGCAGGGAGGAAGUGAGGUUUCCAGACAGACAAUAUGAGCCCUAUCCCAUCACUGAAAAGAGGAAGAGGUUAGGGGCGCUGUUCAACCCGUACUUUGACCCUCUCCAGUGGAAGAAUAGUGACUUUGAGAAAAGAGGCAAGCCAGAUGACAGUUUUCUUGAGGAUGAAGGUGAAGACAGAAAUGGGGUGACCUUGACUGAGAAGAAUUUCUUCCCAGAGUACAACUAUGACUGGUGGGAGAGAAGGCCCUUCUCAGAGGAUGUGAAUUGGGGAUAUGAGAAGAGAAGCUUUGCCAGGGCCCCUCAGCUCGACUUGAAACGGCAAUACGAUGGAGUGGCCGAGUUGGACCAGCUGCUUCACUACAGGAAGAAGGCAGACGAAUUUCCGGACUUCUACGACUCAGAGGAGCAGAUGGGGCCUCACCAGGAGGCAAAAGAUGAAAAGGCCAGGGCUGACCAGAGAGUUCUGACGGAGGAAGAGAAAAAGGAACUGGAGAACUUGGCUGCGAUGGAUCUGGAACUCCAGAAGAUAGCGGAAAAGUUCAGCCAGCGGGGCUGACAGUUGGAGAGACGAGCCUUUCACUGAAGGACACCAUUGAUUCACCCGCAGGCAGAAAGCAGAAUUUACUGUUUAUUAAAUGUUUGAUGCAGUUGGAAAUAUCAUUUAUCUUUGCCAGAAUGCUAAUGCCAUGUGACUAGCGUGACUUGUAGCGUAUUCUUCCUGCAAAAUAGAUGUUUCACAUGUCUGUGACAAUGACCGUGUUACUGUUGUUGAAACACUAACAAUAAAAAGAUUUACCUGAAA